UAUUUCACUGAAUGAAUACAAAGAGAGAAAGCUGAGCUGUGCUGACGUAGAAAACGGCCAUUCGCCCCACAAUAGGCUAGACUAUUUUAACGGAUCUAACAAGAAUAUUGUACGAAUACAUAAAUAUUGCUGAACCUCGCCACACAAGAAUACUAUGGUGUUCAGUUGAUUACACUCUUUAAAUCGUGAUCUUCAACGACAGGCUCCGGAUUUUCGUAACCUAACCAAUAUCCGAUUUCACAUUAUUGGACUAUAACUCCUGACACAGGUUUGUUGUGUUUUCUGGAAAGGCAUAUGAUUUAAAUGAUAAUCACGGUUAUAAUAAUGCUGCAGGCCGUGAUUCCACUCAAUCAUAUUGGUUGGAAGAUGACGGCAGACAAAUCAUAAAUUAAAUCAAUAAUUUUCUUCGACUGCCGUCUGUUGGAUGGGUAUUUUAAUUGGCUAUAACGGUAAUUGCUGUCACAGCGAAACCAGUAUGUACGUACACACCAGACAUUAUGUUUCUAUGCAGCUCUACCUGAGUUUACGAUGAGAACUCGAUCUUCUCUGGUUUAAUUCAGUGGUAUAAUUAAGUUCCUUACGCGAUUAUGAGUUCAGCAAUAAUUCUGCCGAUAUUUUACGAUCGACGGUCGAGACGGUCGAAUAGAAGAGAAUUAUUCGUGAAAAGAUUCACUAGUGGCUGUGUAGUGAUCGCUACGUUGUUUAUUGUGGUAGGAUUGAGUAGUGCGACAUGGUAUAUGACUAUUUUAGGAACCUUUAUACUGAUGGUGGUAGGACUGAGUGGGUUUUUCAAAUACUGCGACAGAACACCGGAUAGUCGUGCCGUGCGAAGGGCCAUCUCAAUAAGUUCACGAAUAUCGACAACUACGCGACCGUCGGUACGUCGUUCUCGGUCGGUUGCCACUGUCGGUGAAAGUAGUAAUGGGCCUACUGAUAUAGACCCUCCGCCGGCCUACGACAACAUUGUGUUUGAUGAACCGUACUCGUUAGGCAGGGCAUCGUAUCAUAUAAGGUCGUACGACCACCCGUCAUAUCCACCUCCGCCUUAUGAAGUCAUAAUGAACGCAGCUGUAAACCAGUCAGCAGGACAUUAUCAAGUACCAGAUGAUUCAACUAUAACACAUCAGACUAGCUCUACAUUGAUAAUGCCACGUCUGUCUCUGAAUCAUGGUGAUAGGCAAGAGGUAGAUCUAUCACACGCUAUAACAAUAACGGAGUCGAGUGAGAGUCACUUCACAUCACGAACAGUGACGCCUGAAACACCUAGAACAGCUGCACAAGAGGCGUCUUACACAGUCGCACCAGUGUUGCCGUUGCCUCCAAGAAUCGCACCAGCGACGCCCCAAAGAGUCACACCAGAGGCACCUCAAGCAUUCAUAUCAGAGACAUGUCAAACAAUUGCAACAGAAGCACCUCAAACACUCGUAUCAGAGAUACCUCAAACGGACGCAGAAGAGACGAGUCCAACAGAGGCACCUCAAAGAAACGCAGAAUACUCAGAUAGUAGCAUUAACAAAGGUGCCUCAAAUAGUCACGCAAGACCAGCACCAAACCUCAGAGGGAAUGAUCGCAUGCCAGAACAAUCAGUAUCAACCGCAUUAUAGUCUGAACAAUUAUUGUAACAUGAAACAAAUCACGAGGGAAUAUAGAAAAUACUGAACUGAAUGACUUGCUUCAGGCAAUAAUACUGAAGUAGCGUACGAGCUCAGAGUGAACCCAUACUAUGAAACUUAAACUUUGGAUUUAAUUCACCUUGAUAUGGCUACGCAAGAAAUUGCAAACUGGAAUAAAGUAAAGUGACGGUUCAUUAUGCGGGUCACCCAACAAUAGAGUAGUACCAGUGGGAAGUGAUGGUCGUGCAUUACCAUAGCAAGCAAUGUGAAGCUAUCGCAAAAAUGGAACGAUUUUAUAAGCAUCUACGAUAGAUAGUCUAGUUCUCAAUAUUAAUAAAAUAUAGCAUAAUCGACUAGGCCUUAAACUGAGACUUUACUUACGAAACUGGGUGGAACGGUUUUUAUUGAUACUUGAUUCUUAACUACUUAAAUUUUAUAUACUAUUUUAUAUGUAAAUAUGUAUGUAUAUAUUUUGUAUUAAAAAAAACCAAUUAAUAUUGUCAUUGCGAAAACAAAAGAUGACGUAAUUCGUCAAGUAGGUAAAGUUUGAAUAUAGGCCUAUACUUAGAUAAGACUGUAUGGAAAUAUCUGAAUAUUUUUGGGCCUAUCCUUGGCCUAAAUUCGCACAAAAUUACUUAAAGAAUACCGUCAAUGAUGAGCUAAAAUAAAUUUCAAUAUUUUUUUGAUUUCAAAAA